CAUCUUUAGAGCAUCUUUAGAGCAUCUUCGGGAGGCCGGUGGCGGCAAAGGUGCCCGUUGACUCGCUUGACGCGGGGAAGGGGGUCGUGGGAAGCAGCCCCGAGAGCCGCCUGGCCCGCCGCUCCCCAACCUGCCCGCCCCGCUCGCGGGCCCGAAGACCUUGACGCGCAAAAAAAGGCAGCGGUCCUCGCUCAGCGCCUCCGGCGGAGCAUGCUUCCCGCCCCCCGGACCGCCUUCCGACGCGCGUCGCGGCCCGGGACUCGGCGACAGCGGCUCAGCGGCGUCUCGCCGAGGCUCCGGCCGGCCGGGCAGCCUUGCUGAGAGCGCCUUGGCUCCCCCCACCUCCCGCGCGGGUUGCGAGUGGGCAGCAGCUUCGCGGGAAGGGCUGCGGGGCUGAACGUGGGAACCCCCACUCCCCCUCCAGGCAGAGGGGAGGACAGCAUCCCUGGGGCAGCCAGACCCCCCCUCUCUCGGCCGGGCUUCCCCUCGAAGCUCGCCCGCUUGGAGCGCCCAAGACCCCGUCCUUCCCCCGCGAGAAUCUGGGAGAAGCAGGCGCCCCCCCUCCCAGGCGAAGGAAGGCCGCCCAGAGCACUAGCAGCCUCCCGGGUUGGGCCCGGGUCUGACCGCCCCCGCUUGGCUCCUCCGCGCCGGCCGCCCCCCGAGCCGCCCCUGCAGGAGCGGCAGCCGCGAAGGCUCUCCCCCCGCCCGUCCCCGAGGGACGAUGGAGGCCAUUUGGCUCUACCAGUUCCGCCUGAUCGUCAUUGGGGACUCGACGGUGGGCAAGUCCUGCCUCAUCCGCCGCUUCACCGAAGGCCGCUUCGCCCAGGUCUCCGACCCCACCGUGGGCGUGGAUUUCUUCUCGCGCCUGGUGGAGAUCGAGCCCGGCAAACGGAUCAAGCUGCAGAUCUGGGACACCGCCGGCCAGGAGAGGUUCAGAUCCAUUACGCGAGCCUACUAUAGAAAUUCUGUCGGUGGCCUGCUCCUCUUUGACAUUACCAACCGGAGGUCCUUCCAGAAUGUCCAUGAGUGGCUGGAGGAGACCAAGGCCCAUGUCCAGCCUUAUCAGAUUGUCUUUGUUUUAGUGGGCCACAAGUGCGACCUGGACACGCAGCGGCAAGUCACCCGACAUGAGGCCGAGAAACUGGCCCUCGCCUACGACAUGAAGUACAUUGAGACCUCGGCACGGGAUGCCAUUAACGUGGAGAAGGCCUUCACUGACCUGACUCGAGACAUCUAUGAACUCGUGAAAAGGGGGGAGAUAAGCAUCCAGGAGGGCUGGGAAGGGGUCAAGAGCGGCUUUGUGCCCAACGUGGUGCAUUCUUCGGAAGAAGUGGUGAAGUCAGAUAGGAGGUGCCUGUGCUAACCGGGAAGUCCCCCCCCCCAAAUGCGAGGAGGAAGGAGGCUGACUCUUGAGUAGCCCCAACCGGUUCCAUUCUACUCCACAAACUUGGUGGGAAGGCAGAGAAGGUGCAGUUCCCGAGGCAAAGCACCGGCGCUUGGACUGCUGGAGGACAAAAGCCACGAGGAGACUAUAAACCCCCCACCAUGUACGAAUCAAUCCAGAUGCAUGUUAAUGUGGUAGAGAUAAGGCCAGAGGAGUCUGGAAAAACGGGGUAGGGAUAGUCACCAUCAAUGGGUUUUAUGUACCCUGGUUUAAAUAGAUUCAUCUCUCAUUGCUUUUUGCUUUUCUUCUUUUUUCUUCUUUUCUUUUUCUUUUGAAGCCAUAGUCCAAGUCGCCUACAAUUAGGAAGCGUGUUUAGAACAGGAACAAGGGAAAGAGAGAAAAAUCAUGGCUUCUCCAGAAAUCAUCUGCUUGCUACCUUUUAAUGAUCACCAUGGCUGAAAGAAUAAUGAUAAUAAAAGGCUUGCUGCAAUAGAAAUUAAACAAGUUAAAACAUUGCGGAGCCACUAAAAUUGAAGCCAGAAGAUGACCCUUACUUUAUUACUUCCAAUGUUGAUGUUUCAAAAGCUUCCGGGAAUUUGAUAGUUCAGGUUCCACCAUUAAUCUGGAAAGAACUCACCAGUUGAAUGGGUAAGCUUAAUAUUUAUUGGUUCUUUCUUCAAAAGCCUAAGGGUACACCGUGCUUCCCUUCCCCCUAUUUUUCUCCAGAAAAGCAGCCCCAGAAAGGAAGUUGAUGAGUGGUCAAAGUCAUCCAUGGUUGAGGGGCACCUGAAAGACCCUGGGUGUCCCCAGUCCUAGCCCAGCACUUCAACCAUUACAGUACCCAUCCUGAUUCUCAAUCCUGAAAGGAUUCCCAAGAGACUUUCUAACUGAGUUCUACGAGUCAGGUGUGCAAUGCUUUCCAUUUAAAUUAAUGUUAGAAUUACACAGUGAUGAGUAUAACCUAUGUAUUUAAUGAUUCCCUCUCCCUGUCACUUAAACCAUGUCCAGUUUGAAGAAAUCUUUCAGUUCUUGCUGGGUCUUUCAUCCAAGAUCUGAAGGAAUUGGCAUCUCAGUUGUUAGAUUUCUGCAAGAAGAGGUAACCCUAUUGAUUUAUUACUAAUAAUGGUUAUUAAAAUACAUGAUUGCAUUUAUAUUCUAUCUUUUCUCGGGGAGUCCCAGUACACUUAUGUGGGUUCUCUUUCCCAAUACCACAAAUAGCAAUAGCACUUAGCAAUAGCACUUAGACUUAUACACUGCACUGUGUGUACCCUUCUCUGGCAAAUUAUUGUGAGUGCAACUGAUGCUGAUUCAAACUGAAGAAUCUUUUUGCAUAAUUAGCAAUAGCAAUACACUUAUAUACCGCUUCAGUGUUUUACAGCCCUUUC